AUGGCAACCACAGCUUGUUUUAUAAUUGUGAGCCGGAAUGACAUCCCCAUAUAUGAAGCUGAAGUUGGAUCUGCUACUAAAAGGGAAGAUGCUGCACAGAUGCAUCAAUUCAUAUUGCACGCAGCUUUGGAUCUUGUUCAGGAUCUUGCAUGGACCACCAGCGCCAUGUAUUUGAAAGCAAUUGACAGGUUCAAUGAUAUGGUGGUAUCAGUUUAUGUUACAGCUGGUCAUAUCCUUUGUAUAUGUGAUUUUAAAUGCUAUAGAGACAAGAAGACUGGAGAAAAUGGAGAAUGA